UGACUGAACACGCACAGAAGGGGUGGGGGGCUGCGGUUCGGGAGGGCCCCUUGGUUCUCCACCCACCCCAUUAAGCUAAACCAGCGAGCGGCAGGAGGCGGGGAGAACCAGAGCGAGCGGCAGGAUUUCCCCAGGAUCUCUCCGGCGGCGGCGGCAGCGGCAGCAGCCCCCAGGCGCCCGAGCGCAGGACCGGGCGAGCUCUCCCUGGCGGCCGCGAGCCAGCGGCGAGCGCCCGGUGCCGCGGGGGACCGCUUGCUGCACCGCAAGGUCAGCUCGGGCUGCGGGCCGCUGUGCCAGAGCGGGGGCGGCUCCUUGGCUGGACUGUGGGGUUCCUGGCCGUGCCCGAAGCCCUUCACCUCCUGCCUUCAAGCUCAGGGAGGAGGCGGAUUUUCUUCAGCGUGGCUCCGCUCCCCUCGCUGCCGCCCAGAGAUGGUGGGCCACCUGCACCUGCAAGGAAUGGAAGAGAGUCUGAAAGAGAAGAGCCGGGAGGGCCUGCUGGACAGUCCGGAUUCCGGGCUGCCUCCCAGCCCGAGCCCCCCUUUCUACACCUUGGCUCCCGGGAUCAUCGAGGGCAGAGCCGGGGGCAGCAGCAGGGGGACGGAUCACCCAGGACAUGAGCCCAGAAAGGAAAUCAAGGAAGGCAAAGUGGUCCCUUACCUUCUUGUGAACUCUUCUGUGCCAGAGAUGAGGCCUCGAAUGUUCCCGGUGUUUUUUGGCGAAAGCAUUGAGGUCAACCCUGAACCUGUGCAGGAAAUUAGGUGCAACUCGGAGGUGAAAUAUGACUCAGAGAAACACUACAGGGACGACAUCUUCUAUGGACCCAUCCCCACCGUGACCGCCUACAGCGAGACGGUCAUCGCCACGCCUAACUGCACCUGGCGGAACUACAAGUCGCAGCUGAUCUUCGAGCCCCGCCAGAAGCCCCUGCGGUUCCAGAGCACAACCAUCAUCUUCCCCAAAUGCACCAAGAACAUUUACCGAACCACCCUCACUUACAGCCUGGGCUGUGCCAAGCGCUGGUUUGCGUCCAGCGUGCAGCUUGAGCUCUGCGAGGAAACCAGCCCCUGCGUCAUCUACAGCGAGACCCUUUCAUCCGCCCGUGCGGGGCUCUGACGACCACAAGGCCGCGUCCUUCGCUGACCUCUCCGGACAGACAGAUUGGCCAGGUCUCUUCAUUGAUGGCAACAGGCCCUUGACUACUAGCAGCUGGGCGUGCGUGGUCUUAGACGCGUCUGAACUGCUCCAAGAGGAGGCUUAGAGGGGACAUACUUUUUAUGGAUUUGGUCAGCGAAAGGCUGGCAUUUGUUGUGGGACGUUUUUGAUGUUCAUGCUCUGGAUUUUUAUUUUAUUUUCUGACAUAUCUAUUUUGAAUAGCGUUUCAAUGAAAUCAGAUAGCAAAGGCCCUAGGUUUGCAGUUACCACGUUAUAGUGCUGCUUCCCAGCUUCGUGGGUCUUCUCUAGCACGUAGGCGCGACUUAGCAGUGCCUUGGAAGCUGAUCCUAUCUGGUAGAAGGCCAGUUGCACACUCACCAUCCAGCCUGCACAGCUGCUAUCCGCCUGCUUUUCCUAGUGUUUAAACACAGAGAAGACAGUUGUUAUUUUUCAUUGCAUAAAACACUGAUUCCACUCCGAAUCCCCAUCUGGAGGACAGCUCCAGGAUUGCAUUGUGGCACCACAGUGACCUCCGAUUUAGCUUUAAAAAAAAAAAAUUGUCACCAAAAUAGGAAAGACGAUCGUGCCAACAAGGCACCUGCCCUUCCAGCAUAGGCAAGUGCCAAACUCCCAUUUGAGACCCUUCUGAGGAGCCAGAUGUUUACAUGCCAUAUGGGAUACCGUGCAAGGGGCUUUUAGGGGAGCCAAGAAUGGAAUGCUUCAGGGGAGAUUUGCAUUCAAAGGAGGAUGCAAGCCAGGGAAAAUGGCAGAAAGCUUAGCUAACUGGGAUAAAACACACAGAGAGGACAGAUCUAAUUCAGUAUUCUAAUUCUACUUCCUGAUUUUAUGCAAAGGCGGCUUACGACAAUCAGGUUAACUAGGUGUAGGAGAAUAUGCUUUCAAGGGCAGUUCCUUGAGGACCAAAAGCCUUUUCUGUUGUAUGAGAUGAUAAAGACCAUAGCAGGAGCAGAAUUUUGAACUCUGAGUUGAAGACUGUCAACAGGACAGAUGUUUCCAAAAUUCAGCAGAAGGGGGCCGUGGCUCAUCGCCAGCCUGCUGAGUCCGGUAAUAGUGCACAAUAGUAAUAAUUCAUCCAAGGACAAUGAAAGGAACCGCCUAUUCCUACCCUCUGCUCCUCCCACAAGCUGGUUAGUUCCCAUGCAGCUGUAAAAACGCGGAGGUGGGCAGCCUUCAGAAGGUGCCAGCGGACCAGCACCAGCAGCUAGAUUCACACCUGGCUGAUCCCUCCCUGCCACCUACAGGCUCUCAGAGAUCUGGUGCUAACAGAUACUGCCACUGGGUUCAACGGCAUCUGCAUGCAGAGACUGAUUUGACACCCUUUUCCCACCUCUUCUUCACAAAGGAUGGAUUUAGCCCCCUGGUGCUUUAUUUUUUGUGAGGUGAAGCUGCAGGAGGGAAGUUGGUUGCUCUUUUUUAAAUGCUCACUUUCACUUGUAGCUAAACCAUGAGGAAACCGUCCUCUCUAGGGCUUCAACUGGCAUCAGCAUUGAAAGGGAACGAGAAAAGAGAACAGUGCUCUGGCAGGCUCUGUUUUACUACAGGACUCCAUAUGUGGUGGCAUCACUGUACUGAUCCGUUGUUAGCUGUUUUCAUUUCCCUCUGGGGAUGACACGCUGCAGCAAGACAAGCCCGGCUCUGGAUGGGAAAGGAAUUAAGGAAAUCAUGCUCAAAGUUAUGAAAAAUGAACCCAUCCAGCAUCACCCACGAAGAUUAUUUGAUGUGUCUACAAGUGGGACUUCUGUGUCGAUUAGUCUACAACAGGAACAAUGCUAAGCAACAGUGCGUCAGUAAAUGACAAUACCUAUGAAGAGGGGUAAGAAA